CUAGUUAGUUACUCUACACGGUGACGGCGUUAUACUUGGUAUAAGGUAGCCACCCAGCUAGCCUAAGCUUCCUCACUAGAUAUUUCGACCAGCAGCGGCACCACAUUCUCCAGCGGCAAGGCAUCCACGAGAACAAGCGGCGAAACCGUGCGCGAUCCACAGCCUUUGCCCGGGCGUUCCAUCCGAUGGACGAUCUGGCGGCGCUGGCGCGCGCCGAGGGGUGGACGGAGGAGCGGCACGCGGCGUUCCUCGACCGCAUGGAGCUCUCCUUCGUCCAGCAGGUGCUCGGCGGCAGCGACGUGCGCCAGGCGUCCCGUAGGCUCGGCCGCGUGCCAGCGCCUGCACAGGCGGAAGGCGGGCGCGGCCAGCUGGCCCCGGCCCCGGCACCGGCACCGCUCCCGCUCGACCGGCCACUGCCCGACAGCGCCGUGGAGUCCAACCAGUCGGGGCCGGCCGCGGCGCGGCGACGCGAGGCAAACGACGCGCGCCGCCGCCGGCCCGUCGAUCCAGCUGCAGCUGCAGGUUGGUGAAGCUGAACCUGAAGCUUGUCGCACGCGCUUGCCUUUGGUAUUGUGCAAGGUGGAAAUGUACGCGUCCAGUCACUUGUUUCUUUUUUUCGAAAGAUCCGUUACCGGCUUUCAUUGAUAAGUGGAGAGAAUAAUAGUUACAAGAGCUA